AUGGAGAAGAAACAAGUUUCAAAACGUUUAUACGUUGGAGGGCUUGGCCAUACAGUUUCUAAGAGUGAACUACAAGAAAGAUUCGGCAAAUUUGGACGUGUUUUAGAUGCAGAGGUUAUUACCAGGAAAGAUGAACAGGGGAACCCUGUGAAAACUUUUGCUUACAUCAGUGUCAGCAUUUCUGAAACAGAUCUUAAAAAAUGCAUGUCAAUUUUAAAUAAAACAAAGUGGAAGGGAGGGACACUACAAAUCGAAUUGGCCAAAGAAAGCUUUUUACACAGACUUGCCAUGGAGAGAGAGGAAGCAAAGCUGCGGAAAGAAAAGCCACAGAGAGAUGACAAAAAAAAUAUAUUAGAAUCACUGCAAAAGGCUGGAGUUGUAGAUUUUCACAUGAAAGCAGUACCAGGUACAGAGGUGCCAGGUCAUAAGAAUUGGGUUGUUGGUAAAUUUGGCAGAGUCUUACCUGUGCUUCAUCUUAAGAGUCAGCAAAAAAAUAAAAUUGUGAAAUAUGACCCAUCAAAAUACUGCCAUAACCUUAGAAAGCUGGAGCAAGACUUGACACAUGUAGUUCCUGUAUCUAAGCUCACUUGGCGUUUGGAAGGGCAAGAUGACAGCAUAAGCAAGAAGCGACAAGGGGAGUUUCCUGUAACAAAGAAGCCACCUAAAAAAAUGAGACAACUAGUCAAUGAGGAUGUGAAUGGAGCAAUAGUUAUUCCCUCCGGGUGCCAGUCACAGUCAAAAACCAUAAGCUCAUUGCAACUAAAUCAAAGAUCAAACUCCAAACCUACUGAGAUAUCUAAAUCUUUUCCACCAGUCAGUAAAACAUCAGGGAGAAACUUACUAUCAGAUAAAGGCAAUGUUUCUAAGGCUAUAUCUUGGAAGGAUAAAAUGAAUGUUUCUGAUAGUAACUCUGAUUCUGAAGAGGAAAUCAGAGCAAUGAUAAAGAAAGAGAUGGGAAUACAGAAAACUGAAACAAAUGUUGAGACUGAAAGUGACCACUUGGAAAUUGUUGGGGAUGACUUUGAGCUGAAAUACAAUACUCACUGGUCUUUAGACAGUCCAGAUACCAUGAAGAAAGUCAUCAAAGGAAGUAAUAGGGAGAAAGAGUCUAUGGAAUGUGACAAUGGUUAUGAUUCAGCAGAUACAGAUGAAAUUAUUGCUGUGAGUAAAAAUCCUGAUCUAAGUAGCAGGAAGACUACAAUUUUAGACUCUAGACAGGUAAAGGUAGAAAAAAAUGUUGAAGAAAUACUAAGUAACAAAAACUGUGAUUUUGUAAAUGACUUCUCACUGAAAAUGUAUAAUUUAGAAGAAGAAAACAUUGGAAGAGAAGGGAAAAAGAGAAAAUCUAAAAUUUCUGCCAUGCAGACUGCAACAGUUAACAGUACAGGUAAGACAAAUAACGGUGAAAGCUCUUACUCAGAGUCUGAGGAAGGGGAAUCUGAUACCAGUUCUGUUUAUGAAUCCAUGAUGCAAGACUGUUACCGUCUAGACUUGACAUUAGAUGACUUGAAAGCAUUAGCUACUGAAAACACUGAGACUUUAGUAGAAGAGGCAAAUAGCACACAGAGUUCUAGUGAGUGCAGUGUUAAAGAAAAUGCUAAGGGCGAUAUCACGUAUAAUAAAAAACAUUCUAAAUUUCCCCCUGCACUUAAAAAAAAAUGCAUCUGUCCUGAUGAUAUAGUUGCCGCCCUUAUAGAGGGGGAGGAGAAUGCUGAUGAAGAAAGCUCCAAGAGACAAAAUAAUUCAGAUUUGGCAUAUAAGCCCUUCAGAGGAAUGGGAUCACUUUUUGAAAGAGAGCUAACUAAGGACAGCACUGGUUUGAAGAAGAGAUCUGUAGGAAACUUAGGUUUGGAAGCUUAUUUUUCUUGCUCUGGGGAAGAGUCACCUGCAUCUAAGAACACUCUAUUGCAUUCACUUGAAGUCAGCACUGAAAAGCAGCAAAAUAUGGGUUGUGACCAGCUCAGGAAAUUGUCAGAUGCUGCCAUCUUAGCAAAUAAGAGUGAUAUUUGCAGGCCACACUUAAAAGGAAAGAGCGAAUAUGUGAAUUCUCAACAAGAAGAUCAAAAGUCAGAGGGUGGAGAUGCUGUUCGUAGUGCUGAUGGAAGUGAGGAUGAGAGCAGUAACGUGGACAGUAAUGCUCUCGUGUCACAGGAGCACAUUAAAGGACAAUUGAAGAGCUCAAAAUUGCUUUCAACAAAACUGAAGAGAAAUGUAACCAAUGAGAAUGGGAAGACAAGUAUUCUGGAAAGUAAGGAGCUUUGUGUUUGUGCUACUGCUUCUAAGGAACCUGAUACAAAAAAGAAACAACUGCAGGAUAACCAGAGGAGGCUGGCAGCUCUGGAGGAAAGGCAAAAAGAGAGAGAAUUACAGAAGAAACUCAUUCAAGGAGCUCUUUCAAAUCUGGAUAGCCAGCCAGCAAGCAUGCAUAAACACAUUAUCUUCAAUUCAGAUGCGGAAAGUGAAUCUGAAGUUGAUGAGAAGUCUGAGAAAGAUGCAAGCUCAGGAAAUACACUUGAAAAAGAAUCUGCUCCUAAAACUUCUGGAAGGCUAUUUGAAAGCAGUGAGGAUGAGCAAGAUGAUACAGAUGAUGAGAGAUUCAAAAUUAAACCCCAGUUUGAAGGCAAAGCAGGUGAAAAACUCUUGCAUUUGCAAUCACGGUUUGGCACAGACGAAAGAUUUCGUUUGGACGCUCGAUUCAUUGAAAGUGACAGUGAAGAAGAAGGUAAGCCUACAAAGAUACUGGAGACAGAAGAGGAAGAGCUUGCUGCAGAGAAGAAGAAAAAUCUGGAAAUACUGGGAAAACUCUUGAAUAUCAACCUAGAACACUCUAAGCCAACUAAAACAGCCACAAAUGCCAAGAAAUUCAAAGAUAUUAAUGCCCUUCGCUAUGAUCCUACAAGACAGGACCACGCUAUUUUUGAAAGGAAACCAAAUCCUACAGAAAAAGAGAGCAAAGCUAAGAGGAAGAAGAAGAGGGAAGAGAGUGAGAAACUACCUGAAGUGUCUAAAGAAAUAUAUUAUGAGAUUUCUGUGGAUUUAAAAGAGUUGUUUGGAUCUUCAAAGAGUGAAGCAGAAAAAAGUGAAGUAAUACCUUGGGACAAAGAUGAUGCAGAGGAAUCCACUUCACCUGACCAUCAGAUGUUGGGACCUAAUAUUAGCAGUAAUGUAGCUCAGGAGUCUAGUGGUUUCACGUUUUCCUUCUUCAGUGACGUGGAUGAGUCAGCUAUAAAGGAAGAACCCUAUGUACUUGAAACAAUAAAACCUGUAAAAGUUGCGUGGCAAGAAGAUCCACGUUUCCAAGACAGCAGUUCUGAGGAUGGUGAAGAGCCAGAGGCAUCAGAAAAUGAGAGAGACAAAGAAACGUUUUUCUCUUUACCACAGGCAAAAAGUGCUAGAUUUUUCUUUUUCUCCAAAGAUGACGAACGAUUAAGAGAGGGCCCUAAAUUAUUCUGUAGAUCAGUGAACCUCAGCGAUGAAAAAGAUACCUGGGAAAAUAGACGUAGACUGUUGCUCGAGGGUUAGCUGACUCUACUGAGCUGCAGUCUGCUCACGUCA